UAUUUCGACCAAUGGGUUUAAGGCUUGUAAAAUGAUUACCUUCCCAACAUGGCGGAACACUUCUUUACGAUUUCUGUGGGUGCCUUCAUGUAAUUAUUACUUGGUUUGAUAUCUGUUUCAUGUCACGUUAUCUUUCCGCAUACAACAUAUGAAUAAAAGAAUUAAUGCUGUACAAUGAUGUAGAGUUCUGCUAUAUUUGAAUGUUUUGACAUAUUCAAGUCUUGCAAAAUAUGUCCAACCAUCUGCCAAGUAGACCACCUGGACAGCAACCAUCACUGGUAUCACAGCCAUCCAGGAUUGAAGAUGACGAUCUCGAGAAAGCUCUAGCAUUAAGCCGAGAAACAGCUCAAAUUGAGCAACUGCAAAGAGGUGGUGAAAUCUCUGCAUCAGCUUUGGAGGAAAUAUUUAGGCGCCGUGAUGCAGUGAGUAGAAGAACUAUGUCAAAUUUGCCGAGUUCCAACCAGCCGAUAAGGCCCACAGCCUCACUCUAUUGCUGUACCCAUUCAGCGUGAUUUAAUUGAUUUGGAACCGUCCAUGAAUAUUAAACCUGUGUCAUCAUUAUAUGAACAAGAUUUGCAAGAAUUAUUUGGACCAACAUCAGCAACAACAGCAAGUGCAACUACAACUGGGGUGAGUAGUAAUGCGAAUGAUCAAAAACUGCUGACCACAACUGCAGCUCAUGUACCACAAGAUCCCUGGAGUUUGGAUUUAGCGAUUCAAAGCCAGUCAUUGCCCAAUAGCACCAAAGUGUCACAAAAAAUAAAAGUCACACUAAAUGAGAAUGUCAAAGCUAAUGACAUUUCAGGACUCCACCACAGCCAUUCAGGAUCGUCUAUAGCUAGUGCAUUUCAAGCUCAAUCAGAAUCACAUUCUCAAAAACAAUCUGCUAACACAGGCAUGCCAUCAUCAUUUGUGAAUUACAUGCCUUCAUCGAAAAGUGCCUGGAAUCAAACUCAAGGAUCUCACACAGUCCUUGAUGGAUUACCCGAGUUCUCAUCCUCAUUACCUGCAGUGUGUAGUAAGACCAAUGUAACACCCACACCUGUUAGACCAUUGUCAAGAAAGCAAAGUUCUAAUGUGACUACAUCAUGUAUGACAUCCAUAUCAUCAACUACCGUCAGCACUUCUGAACCAUCAGGUAAUUUUUUACAAUCAUCAUGGCAAGAUUUUGAUCUAGGGUUGUCUGCUUUCAAGAGUCCUGCUAAGGCAGCUCCAUCAUCUGCUAUCACAUCAUCUAAAGCACUUGUAUUUGACAAUAAACAUAAUGUAUCUACCACAAAACAGGCUUUUGUAUGGACAGGCAGAGAUCAGUCGAGCCAGGCGCCAUCUAUCAGAGUAACGUCAACCUUGGGAAAUCAAUGCAAUAUUGCUAGAGAAAGUGAAAUGACAAGUAAUAGUAUGGAUGAUAUUAUUAGGGAGUUUGAUACCCUAGAUUUAGGACCUGCACAUAGAAAAAGUGGACGGCAAGAGAUAUCCCCUCCAGAGAUGUACCCACUUCGUCAGAGUAGUAGUGAGGGUAACUUGUCGUCUGUAAGUUGGAUGGAUUUUGAUCCGCUGUCAUCUACUAGCAAUGUGACGACAAAUUCAUCAUUAAGUCAAGCAGAUCCAUCAUCACUACCUUCUUAUGAUGAAUCGCAGAGAAACGCCAGCACUACUUUACCGCAAGUACGACGAACACCCUCUCCUUCAUGCAUGUAUCUACCUAGUGCGGAAGCUCAUGUGAAAAAACCUCCAGGAAGGCCCUCUCCACCUAAAUCCCCAGUAUCCCCAUCUAGACCCAAGUCACCAGCUUCACGAAAAUCACAAGUGCCACCUAAAAGGCCCAAAUCACCCAGACCACACACUCUUCAUGGAGCAGAGAGACCACAAGCAAGAACAAAGGCUCCCAACAGAAGUUCCACAUGGAGACCAGUGUCAUUAGCCAUGGGGGCCAUUGACAGUGCAAAGGCCGAGCGUGUGUUCUUUGGUGACGGAUUGUUCGAUCUGGCUGAAGAAAAAGAUGAAGAAGCAAAAGCUUUCUCAGCAAGCAUAAUCAGUUUUCGUAGUGUGUACGAGUACGAUAACAGAACUACAAAUCCAGGACACGUAAUGAGUGCCGUGUUCCAGCAUCCUUACAGUAGUGGCUUUGAAAGCAGUGUUAAAAUAAUCUUACUCAGUAGCCAUGCAGAGCACCCUGUUACUUUCUCCUGUGAUGUGAGUACGUCAGUUCAGCACAUUAUUAGUCAGGCUGUGUACAUGCUUUCAGAAGAUUUCUCUGAUGUUCCUAUUGAAGAUUUCACACUAAAAAUAUAUGGACUUGCAGAAUAUUUAUACAACGUUAAUUUCUCACUUUUUCAGAUACAAGAUGAUCAGAAUAUCCUGGUGACCAACUUUACUCAGUUGUUUGAGCAUCCUCUCACAACCACAGUGUCAAAGCAGGGACUUGUAGUACUUCUAGAAGCCUUCAACAGUGAAGUCAAAAAAGUUAGAGAACACGUUAGGGAUCCUAGCAUCCAGGCACAUCCUAACAAAGUAAUCCAGACAGUGAAAGCGAUAUGUGCGACGUUGGCGACAGUUGAACCAAAUAACAUUACUAGGGUAUACGAAGAACUGAAAUCAACCACAUCCUUGCACAUUGGUAGUACUCUUAAUAAUCUGACAGCUGCAGUUCAGAAUUUGAUGGAUAUGUAUUGUAAGGCGUUUGAUACUGGACACACUUUGCAUACAAAAGUUGAGGAUUUACUGAAAUUACCGGUAACUGAUAUUCAUGAUGAGUUUCAUAUCAAAAUCGCUAGUGUUCACAGGUUACCACUACGUUGGAAAUCAAGCUUUGAGCAUUUCACCUUAUCCUGUGCUAUAUUUUAUGGUGGUACACCUCUAUACAGAACAUUAACAACCAAGACAUCAAAAAUAACUACAAACUUUUUUGAUAAGAUUUCAUUUGAUCAGGUAUUAAAUUUUUCCCUCCCUUUAUGCAAGCUCCCAAGGGAGACUAGGAUAUGUUUUACUCUGUUUGGUACUAGUGUGAGUAAUUCAGACAAUAAACAACCAACAAGGAAAGCUCUUGGAUGGGUAACAGUGCCGCUUUUUAAUUUCAAAAGUGUAAUGUUGGAUGGUAGUCACUUAUUUGGUCUGUGGCCAGAUGAUAAAGCCAGUCCUAUAGGUACAUGUGCUUCCAACAUCUUGCAAGCCCACAGUGUUAUAAUUCAGGUUGAUUUCCCCAAGUAUGACGGCGAUGUCAUCUUCCCUCCAGUGGAGAAGACUCAUUUACUGGUAAAAGACUAUGAAGACCUAGAUCAGGAUGUGAAAACAAAGAUUAGACAGAUUCUUAAGAAGGAUACACUUGCCAGGCUAGUGGAACAUGAGAAUAAAUUAAUAUGGAACAAUAGACACUAUUUACAUGCCUUACCCAAUGCCUUACCAUGGUUGUUACGUGUUGUUGAAAGCUGGGAUUGGUCAAGUUUAGGAGAUCUCUAUUCAUUGUUACAUCACUGGACGCCUUUAGAACCGGUUGAUGCAUUGCAAUUACUACAUCCACAGUUUGCAGACUGUGAAGUACGUGUUAUGGCUGUGUCCUAUAUUCAGUGUCUGUCUGAUGAUGAACUGUGCGACUACUUACCUCAGCUUGUACAGGCUUUAAAGUAUGAAAAUUACCACGACUCAGCACUGGCAAGAUUCUUAAUUGAAAGAUCAUUGACAUCUAUUCGAGUGGCUCAUUAUCUGUACUGGCAUUUAAAAGACUGUGUAUGUGAUCAGCAGUUCAGUCAGCGAUUCCAAAUGGUACUGGGUGCGUUACUUUGUACAAGUGGUGAGGCAAUACGUGAUCAAUUCCAGCGACAAGAUGAAUUUAUGACUAAACUCGGUGAAGUUGCGGAAAUUGUCAAAAAACAUAAAGAUUCCAUACGACAGGUUAUACUGCAUAGAAAAUUGGAGCCGAUAGCUCAGAAAUACACUAAAAACCUAAGACUACCCCUUUCACCAAGUUAUGAUGUGGGAAUAUUGAAUGUCAAGGAGCUGAAAGAAACUGUUGACAAGAUCAUUGGGUGUGGAUACCUUGAAAACAUACCAACUCAUUCUGAAAAUGGUGAUACUGAACCUGAGAAAGAAGAAGUUGCUGUGGAGACAAUCGAGGGAGAUGAAUAUGUUGUGGUGGAGUCGGAAGAAGUACCAGAAGCUGGUGCACCAGAGGUUAGUAAAUCCCAGAAAUACAACUUCCUCAUUGAAGAUGUCGCUAGAUUAAUUCAUCAGGCACAUUUGGAGUAA